CAAUUGCAGACUCUGAACAACCCACAGAUCAAGACACGAGCGCACCAACGACCGCCGCGAAGCGCCGCCGCACAAGCCCCCUCGCAGCGUAACAUGACUUCGUCGGAGCCGUUCGACCUGGUCAUCACCGUAGUCUCCGCCAAGCACCUGAAGAACGUCAAUUGGCGCGAAGGAGACCUCAAACCCUUCGUUGUCCUGUACCUCGAUCCCGACCACCGUCUCUCAACUCGCUCUGAUGACUCGGGCUCCACCAAACCCGUGUGGAACGAGCGGAUCACUCUUCCCCUGACUCGUCCGGUCCACGAAUCUGUUGUCACCGUCGAGAUUUUCCAUUCUAAGUCGUCGGAUCUGGCCAAAACCCUCGUUGGAUCGGUUAGGUUUCCGCUGGCUCACCUGGUCGAUUCGGACCCGGCGAUUCUCCCUGAUUCGGUCCAAGCGCUCGAGCUUGUCCGGCCGUCCGGUCGGCCGCAGGGGAAGAUUCGCCUGAAGCUCGCGAUCAAGGAGCGGCAGCCGUCCCCUCUUCCUCCUCCGCCGCAACCGCAGCCGCCUCCGCCGCCGAGGCGUCCUCUGUCGCAGCCGCAAGAUUACUAUUCAGCCCCUCAAGGUAGCUAUUAUUACUCCUCUGCCCCUCAGAUCGCUGUGCCGCCUCCUCCGCCGCCGCGCGAUUACAGGGAAUUUUCUCCUUCUCCUUCUCCUUACCCUUACUCCGAUCAUUACUACACCGGGUUUUACUAUCCUCAUCCGCCGCCUCCAUCGCGUCCGAUGUACGACCGGUCGUCCAAUUACAGCUUGCCAAGUGGCCCAUCCGCCCCCGUCGAUUCAAUCACCUUCUCAUCGAACGAUCACAAGCCGUUGCCUCCUCCUCCUGUGGCUCCUCGGUUGUCCAACUACGUUCCGCCGCCGAGUGGGCCUUCGGCUCCUGUGGGCUCCUUGCCGGUGAACGAUUACAUGCCUCAGCCUCCUCCUGUGGGUUCGCGACUGUCUAACAAUUACGGUGUGCCGAGUGGGCCAUCGGCGCCUGUGGAUUACUCUCCUUAUGAUCAGAGGCAGUUGCAGAAGACGAUGGGUGGGUUGAACCUAGACGAAGAGAGAGGUCCUGCAGAUAGGUCUGAAAGUGAGUUCGGGACGAGGGGGAGCUACAGCUAUGGCGGGGAUUAUCGCCGUGACUGUUAAGAGGAUGAAAGUUGUUGGAUUUCAUGAGGGAGUAGUGUUGAUAAGGCUUUGGUUUUAUCGAAUUACCAUUGCUGCUGCUGUUUAUAUAUUACUUUCCUACUAAUGGUUGAUGGGACUGUGAAAGUUGUUGAAUUUCUUCAGCUCAUGUCUCUGGUGUUGGCUGAUUCCUUCUCGCUUUUAGAUUUCAAUUGGUGCCUGAAGAAGGAGAUGUAGAAAGGUCAGAACUUUCUUGCCUUUGAACGUCGCUCCGCUUCUUCACCUUUAUUUUGUUUUUCUCGCUACGUUUCGACUUAUGCUGUGUAUAAAUUCCAAAUGCUCAUGUACCAGAUGUUGUAUGGGAGGCUUAUGGUAUCUAAGGAUUGUCUAUUUGCUAA